AUGGUCGUCCUUGCGGCAUCCAUUUGCACUCGCGGAGGCAAAGCAGUCCUCUCGCGCCAAUUCCGUGAGAUUCCCCGAUCGCGCAUUGAAGCUCUUCUCGCCUCUUUCCCCAAGCUUGCGGAUUCACAAACCCAGCACACCACUGUUGAGCAAGACAACGUGCGGUUCGUAUACCAGCCAUUGGAUGAGCUGUACAUUGUCCUGAUCACCAACCGCCAAUCGAACAUUCUCCAAGACAUCGAUAGUCUGCACUUAUUUGCCCAAGUAACCACAAGCAUUUGCAAGAGCCUGGACGAGCGAGAGAUCCUCCGCAAUGCCUUCGAGCUACUAAGCGCAUACGACGAGUUGGUGACAUUGGGUUACCGAGAAAACCUUUCCAUUUCUCAGAUCAAGACCUUCUUGGAGAUGGAGAGUCAUGAGGAGCGCAUCCAGGAAAUCAUUGAGCGGAACAAGGAAUUGGAGGCCAGCGAGGAGCGCAAGCGCAAGGCCAAGCAACUGGAAAUGCAGCGCAAGGAGGCUGCUCGCACAGGCCGUGGAGCCGCCCCGCGGGCACCAAACUACCCCGUCUACACACCCCCAUCGCGCCCAUCAGUGCCCGAUACCUACGACUCCUAUGAGGCGGAGAAGAAGAAGACUUUUGCCAAGCCCCUCCCUACUCGCGGCAAGGGCAUGCAACUUGGCAAGAAGUCCAAGGCUACUGAUAUCUAUGAGAAGGUUCGCGGCGAUCUAGGCCCCGAGAUUGAGGAAUCUAGCCCGCUGGUCACUCCUCAAGCGUCUACUCCUGUGCAAGAGCCUGCUUCUGCUCGAGAGUCCCUGACGGCAGACCGCGAGCCCAUCCACAUUACUAUCGCCGAGACCAUUUCUGCAAGCCUCACGAGAGAAGGUGCCCUAAAGUCGUUCGAGGUCAAGGGUGACCUUCAACUCCGUAUCACUGACCCGGCGUUCACCAAGCUCCGGCUUGAUCUCAGGGCAAACCCUACCCAGGGUGCCCAAUUCCGUACCCACCCCAAUGUCGACAAAGCCCUCUUUACAAGCACCUCCGCAAUUCAGCUCAAGGAUGCCACCAAACGCUUCCCCGCUAAUAACGCAAUUGGUGUUUUGCGGUGGCGUGUGGCAAGCUCGGCUGACAAUGCCGAGAUCCUGCCCAUUACAUUCACUGUGUGGGUGAACAAGGGCUCUGACACAACCACCGUCACCGUGGAGUAUGAGCUUACCGGCACGGACAGCCUGCGCGAUGUUGUUGUUACCAUUCCUUAUGUUACAUCGGAGCCAGCCGUAGCCAGCUUCGAUGCUGUCUACGAAGUCUCAGGGGAUAGCCUGGACUGGAACUUGGGUGCGGUGGACGAGUCGAACCCCUCUGGUAGCUUCGAAUUUGAGUCCACCGGCGACGGUGAUGAGAAUGAGUUCUUCCCUAUGAGCGUACGAUUCACAAAGACCCAGCCAUUCGUCGACGUGGAUGUUCUCGAUGUGUCCCUGCUGGAGAUGGAGGGCGAGAGUACUGGAUACUCCAAGGAUAUUCGCAGUGUUGCCGAGAACUUCUUGAUCGAGUAA